UGGCCAUGUGAUGUAGGUUGAUCACAGGUCACCAGGCGAGAGAAACUAUCCUGAAUUUCUUCACCACAGAGCAGAGAAGCAAGUCAGAGCAGCGUUUUCCGAACCGGAUUGCGUUACUUUGGUUUCUGUUAUUUUGGAGGGUUUCUGUGCUUAACAUGCCAAUACAUUGAAUGGCAUAUAACACAUUGGGUUCAAAUGCUGGAAAUGUGGAAUAGAGAUGAUAUGGAGAAGCGGUCUGACCCAGAACCAUGUAAAAAAUUAUCUCAUUCUAUUGAGGAGAUUCUGAGAAAGCCUAACACCAUCAGAGAAGAGGAAAAAGUUUGUCGCGGCGGUUCUGUUAUCAAGGAGAACAGCAGGAUAUCAAACCAGCUUGUAUGUGCAGAAAUUACGGAAAUCAGACAAGACAAAGAGUUGCCAAAAUCCACUGAGGACUUUACCACUGGGAGAAAAAAGCGACAAACCAGGGUUACUUUUACACCAUCCCAGGUGCAGGAGAUGGAGAAGGUCUUCCAGCAGACUCACUACCCUGAUGUCAACACCAGAGAGCAGCUUGCCUCAUGUCUGCUCCUUAGUGAGGCCCGCAUACAGAUUUGGUUUCAGAACCGUCGCGCCAAAUGGAGGAAGACUGAAACAAUGAGGGAAAUUCAGCCUCCCGACAGAAAUCAUACUCACUCGCUCAAUGAUCACCAGUUAUUUUAUGAGAAAGAACGACUGGGGCCAGCGUGUUGGCUGCCAUGUUGCUCACAGACGUUGUUGCAUUCAAGACUGCUCCUCGCAACAGAGGCAGCUCCCAGCAUGCUGACUAACACACAUUUCACACAUGGCGGAAGUCUGUUUUUUGAGCCUCAAACGGGGACUGCACUUCUUGUAAAUGAUGACACGAUCAAGUUGUGA